AUGUUAAAGAACUGCAUAAAGUUCAUCAUCCACAUUAUUUGGCUGUGCGUGGUCAUUACUUUUUGUUGGCCGCUUCCUGUCAGUAGCAGCAAACUUCGCGUUCUCGUUUUCAAGCUUCUAAUAAUCUGUUCAGACAAUUUCGUCAUUUCCUCGAAGACGUUCUGUCUGUCGAUAUGCAUAAGCCAGCAUCCUAUUCAGUCUUUUAUGUACGUGGUCAACUACGGCUCUCUGCAACGUAUAGUCGACGAAAUGGUCGUCUGUUUUAAAGAGGCACGACAGUACGAGAGAGAUAUUUUCAGCAAGUAUAUCGCGAAAUGUAACGUCUUUUACGGAGGGACUCUAAUAUUCGUAUACAUAACCGGGCUAGUUUUCGUGAUGGGACCGGUCGCCUUGCCGAUUGACUAUCCAUUAGAAUGUGAAUAUCCAUUUCGCGUUAAUUACACGUCGAUUAUCAUUUUCAUAUAUUUCCAUCAAUCUUUCGUUUGCUUCCAAUGCGCUGCCCAUGUGUGCCUAAGCGCUUUCGGCGCGUUUCUACUUUGGUUCACCGCUGCGAGAUUCGAAUGUUUGGCCAUGGAAUUUCAGAACAGUUCAAAUAUCGACACGUUGAUCGUUUGCAUCAAGAAACAAUUGCACUUAAGGAGAUACGCGGAACAAGUGGUCAAUUGUUUACGCUUUUUGGUACUGUACGCUAUUUCGGUGGGCACUUGUGCUCUAACAUUAUGUGGUAUUAUUAUGAUCGUGAAUUCACCGCAGGUUGUAAAAACGCAGUUUAUAACUAUAUCUGUUACUAUGCUCAUACAAGUUUAUAUGUUCGCGUGGCCAGCUGAUUACAUGAAGGAAUGGAGUAUAAACGUUUCACGGAGCGUAUACGAUGGAAAAUGGUAUAAACAGUCGCUGAAGCUGCAAAAGAUGUUUCUAAACGUGAUGCUAUAUCAGAAACCGAUAACUCUUUCGAUCAGCUGCCUAUUGGAAGAGCUUUCUUUGCGUUACUAUUGUUCGUAUGUCUCAAAUGCCUUCUCUAUCUUCACUGCCUUGCGAGUCGUAGUGGAAAAUAAAUCGGAAUAGAUGUGAACUGAUUGUUGUCAUAAUUACGCGGUGAA